GUUUUCGCUAUUGUGUUUUAUGGUCAUUUCUGGUGGUUGUAUUUGCAUAAGAUUUGCUACGUAUGGCUUUGUUGAAUUACGCAGUUUAAAAUAACUGCCAUAACGAUCUAUUACAGACUUCAGUAAUGUUAGCAAGUUUAUCAACGCAAGAAUAGUACUAGUAAUCUGUACAAUAUAAUUGGUCGUUUCUAUCAUCCAAUAUACCGUACACCAGUGUAUACAUUUAUUGAGGGUAUAUUUUGGCUUGUACACGAUUCCGGUUUUGGUUUGAUAGGCAGGAAGUAAUCUCAAUCCAGGAACAAAAAAACCAACAACAACAACAACAAAACGAUUAGCACUAUUGGACUUACCCUUACCUCGAAGAUAUAUAAAGAUGUCCAAUGCUGAGACAAAUGUGCAGUCUCAACAUAUACAUUAUUACCCGCAUUUCUACAAGUUCGUCGUUAAAAAAAAAAAAAAAGAAUCCUUGGAUACUUACUGGUCGUUUCUCAAAAGCCUCCCAAUGAUAAAUAAAAAAUAAUACUAUUAAUAACUGACCAUUGGUGUAAUGCAAUUAAUUAUUUUGGGUAUGAAAGUCACUGUCACUUUUGAGUAACUGUAAAAUUUCCCAUGCUUUUCUUCUGGCUUCACACUGCACUUAAUCGCCCUUGGGUGGCAUGGGGGACAUUUUGAGGGAGAGCAGUAUUUAAUUCAGAUCCCCAUGGUUCUGUGUGUGAAUCUAGCAUCAUGUAUUGAAUGUGGUGGUUAUUUUUCUACAUGCAUUAUACAGGCAACUAACCAUAAAGCAGAAAGCCAUUAAGAACAGAGACUGGCAAAGUCAUGGCAUUGUUCUUUUAAUCUGUUCGGUUCUUUGUUGAUUGAGCAUUAAAAGGUCAAUUAUUAAGUUUGAGUCCUUUCAGUACUCACCAAUGCUUCCUGAACUUAAUCUGGCCUCGACAUUAGCUAACUGUUACCUAAGGUUUAAAUUGGAAUUAACUGUCCAAGUCAUAAUUGACGGACUAAAGUAAUACAAUGGAAAACCAAGAUAUAUUCUUUAAAACCUUGCAGCCCUACCAAGUAACACUUUAAACUAUGUAUCUAAUUUACUGGCAGAUCUUAAGGUUCCUGGUGGUAUUCCUUUUGAUAACCAGACGAUAGUUGCUGCUACAAUUCAAUUAUACAAAUAAACUGUUAACUCCCAAUAUUGCACUGGAAGACAGUCUAUUCUCAUAACUUGUUCUAAGUAUACAGUUUUUCUCAUUAAAGACAAUUUACGUCCGUGAACACGCAGGUGAUAAGCUGUACAACUGCAGCUGCAUUCUUCCUAAAACAAGCUCUGUAUCUAGGUGAACAUGUACUGACUUUGUAAUUUGCAUGUAAACGUACAGGUGCAUGCAUUAUUAAAUGUUUACAGAUUAUUAAAAUGCUGCCCCUUUGUAUUUAUCAAGUUUCUAUCAACUUCUGUCUAGUUUUAAAUAAUCUGUGAAGAGUGACAUCUGGGUUAUUUGAAUGGCAGUACACAUUUAACAUGUUUAUCUGUGGUACACCUUUGCCAUUUUACUGAUAGGAAAUAAUUAAAUGUAUAUGUUCAUUAUCACAACGAAAAUAAAGGCACUUCAAUUUGACAGUUAUUGGUGAUAUGCACAUGAGCAUUUGAAAAACUGCACUUAAGGUUUAAUUUAUUACAAUGUAUUUAUAUUUUACAUACACCUAAUUGUUAAAAACACACUUUGACGUGUUACACUCACAUUCAUAACAUUGUCAGGUAUCUCUGGAACCCAGUCCUGAUAUGAAUUCAGUGACGGCAUCAUGGGAUACUGGCUCUAAACCUGGAAAGAUUAAAUACAUGACUGCCAUUUACUGGGCUUGUAACUACCACUGUCUUUUGGUAAGAGUGUCAUAUUAUCAUGUAUAAAUCAUGUCAAUUUAAAAGAGUAAUAAAAGUAGGUCCAAAACUGAGAAACUUUAUUUCUUGGUAUAGGUAAGAUUGUGAUUUAACAAAACAAUACAAAAAUAAUCAUGUUUUUAACUAUGGAACAAGUAUGCCCCCUGCUGGUGACAAUCAAAAUGUUUUGGUUUUUUUAGUUUUUUUUUUUUACUGAUUUUCUUCCGGAUACCCAGCAGGUUUAUGAAAAGGAGUGUUGAGAACAAUCCUUUGGCUGUACAAAUUCACAGUAAAAAGGGACGUAUUUUUGUUUUUUGAACCUGCUCAAUAUGAAAUUUCUUGAUCACAUUUUAAUCUACAAAUUACAGUGGAUCACUGAGCAUGAAUGUCGAUAUUUACAAACCUCAAAUCCACAUGUUGCAACAAGUUGCAUACUGUCUGCACACACUAUGCAGCAACCAGUCGUGUGCUUUAGGACAUCUGUCCCAGAUGUUCUGUACCAGUAAACGGGGUAUCGUGCAUUCAGUGUGCAACGUGGAAAAGAACUGGACCUAACACGGCAGCGCUGCUGGCACACCAUUCUAGAAUACCUUGGCUUUUCCGCGAAUAUCACAUCUUUACAACGUGAUAAAACUAAAUAAAAUACAACAAUGAGUAACCAUCGUCCAGAUUCAGCUUUAAAACUGAUCGAUGUUAGCAGAAACGAUGCAUUUCGAUCCUUCUCCCCGACGUCUUUGAGCAACAGGGCGGUAAAUGAGCUUCAGGAGCAGAUAAGUGUUUUGAAGAGACAGCUGGAGGAAAAAGAAGAACUAAUAUUGUCUCUUACUACUGGCAGAAAUGCAAGUAGACCUGAUUAUCAGAAGGAAGCACCUGAUUCUUUCCUGGACAUGCCUGUCACUCGGGAACACCUGAACUGCUAUCGCCUGGCGGCUGAGGCAGUCCGCAGUGAGCUGGCCGCCCUGCAGGUCAAAUAUGAAUGUGCUAGCACAGAACUCCAGGAAGUUAAAUCCAGGCUGGCCUCCAGAGAGGCUUCAGUCCAUGAACUAAAAGGGGAGAUGGAGAGCUAUAAGGAGAACAAUGCCAGACAAGCCUCCCUGAUUAGCUCAUUGAGAAAGCGUGUUCAAGAGAUGGAGCAAGAGACUGGAGCCAUGGCCUCUUCCAAGAACCAUGCAGAAAUAAGUCUACACACUGUGUCCAAGGAGAACAGUGUGCUCAAGGAGAGAGUGGAGGAGCUGGAGGGCAAGCUACGAAAGUACAUCAAUGAAUGGGAUGACACAAAGCAGCAAGCUUCCAGCAGUGAGAGGAAAUACAAGGAGUUUCUUGUUCAGCUUGCUAGCAGAAUGGAUGUUGAAUGUAGAGGGAGAGAUGAUCCUCAGGACUUCAUAGUUUCCCAGCUUGACAAGUUGUAUAAUGAAAACACUCGACAGAAAUGCAGGAUUGCCAGCCUGGAGGAGACUGUGGCUGCCCAUGAGGUGGAGUCCAAAGCCAGCAGGGAGACUGUUAUGAGACUGGUCUCUGAGGUGGGCCGGGAGCAGAGAGCUGCUGCUUCCUUCACAAAGGAAGUGGAAUCUCUGCGCCAGGAGUUAGAAAAUACGAUACUGGCCAAGCGAAGCCUGGAACGUGAAAACCGAGCCCUCCAGGAGAGGCUGGAGGCCAGCAGGCGGGCCUGGGAGGCCUCAAAACUUGAGCUGGGUACCCUGGAGAAGCAGUCCAAAGAGCUGGACGGGAGUCUGCGCAGCAGUCUGUGUGAGGCCAAGUCCAACCAGAGCCUGCUGCAGGCUUUCAAGGAGGAACUGGCAGCGUUGCUGAGUGGGCGCAGCGGGACAGUGCACCCCACAGAGGAGGCCAUCAAAGAGAGGAUCCAGGAGAUCUGCAGCAGCAGAGAGAGCCAGAAAGAGAGCCUUUCUCAGAUGGAGGUGAAGGCAUCUCGACUGACUGACCAGUUGGAGAGGCAGACAGAGCUCCACGAGGCCGCACUGCAGAGAGCCCGACAAACCGAGGAGCAGCUGGGCGAGAUCCAGGAGAGGCUCAGUAGCAUGGAGGGAGAGCUGGUCUCUGGAGACGUGUUCCGGGAUGGCCUGAGCCAUGAAAAACAAAACUAUAUGCGAUUUCUGGACGAGCUCUCUGAGAAGAUGAAGCUGGACAGAGUGGUGCGUGAUCUCGGCUUUGACAUGAGGCUGGAUGCCAUCCAGUCCCGGGCUGAGCAACUGGUCAAACUAGAGAGUAAUGCCGUUGUUGAAAACAAGACUCUGGCACACAACUUGAACAGAAAGCUAAAGACUCAAAAGGAGCAGCUGGAGAGCAAGGAGCUACACAUGGAGCUGCUGAGGAAGAAGAUCGCCCAGCUGGAGGAGGAGAAGCGGAGCCGCACAGCGCUGGCGGUGGAGCGCGACGAGGCCAACCUCACCGUCAGGAAGCUGCAGAAGAAGGUGGAGAGGCUGCAGAAGGAGCUGGGCGCCACCCGGCUCUUCAACACAGACCUCAAAUCCAAACUCUCUGAUACCAACGAGCUCAAGAUUAAAACCUUGGAACAGAAUAAGACCAUUGAGGAGAUGAAUAAGAGUCUGGACAAGGUAGAGAAGGUGAAGGUGAAGAUGGAGAAGAGGCUGACGUCGGUGAAGUCAGCACUGGACUUCACUGAACACGAAGCCAAAGAGGAGAGGCAGCGAACCCACAGUCUCCUGGAGGCUGUCACCAGUGAACUGGCAACCCUCAAACACACCAUGGGGGAGCUGGCCAAGAGGGAGAGACAGCUGGUGGACUUCCGUCAAGUAGUGUCUCGGAUGCUGGGCUUGAACGUCAGCACCCUGGCCCUCCCCGACUAUGAGAUCGUCAAGCGCCUGGAGAAGCUGAUCCAGGGCCGCCACUCCCACGGUGUGGCCUGUCUUUGCCUGGAUAACUCCCGGGAGCAACUCAACCAGGAUUUCACAACCAGAUACAAUCAUGCCAGGGGAACUCUGACCGCUCCUUCUGCUGCUGAUAAAUUUCACAAUGCAGCCUCCUGAGGGCACCAGAGUCUUGUGCUUAGGAAAUGCUGUCUAAUUCCUUUCACAACAUAUACUUUUUCUAUUUAGGUAGUUUAAUUAAGGCAUGAUAUACUGUCUUCUGUUUAGCAAUUUGGGCAAUAAGAUUUGAUUGUGUUGUGUUGUGCUGUGCAGACUGAAACCCUAUAAAAAUAUUUCAACAUAGUAGGAUGAGAAAUAUGGAAGUUGGUCAAUGUAAUGAUUGUACUUUAGUAUAAAAACAGUAUGUUAUAUUAUAAAAGCUAGGUGAUAUUAAGUGCCAAAAAGGUCUGUUGUCAUCUUAGGUUGGCUAUAAUCACACCAUUGCCAAAAGUGACUCCUCCUGGCAGUUGAUGGCACUAUGGUUGUGAGCUUACAAAUCCAGUCUAAAUUUAAAUCUGUUGUAUUACAGAACUUUAACUUCAACAAUGUUCUUUGUGUUAAUAAUUAAGUUGUGUAUGAGCGAACAUAAAAUUCAAUUAAGUAUUGAUGUAUUGCUUAUCAAAUAAUUAAUACAUUCCACAGUAAUUAAUGUCAAACACUAACACAAACCUUAGUUCAUCAUUAACAAGCGCUUAUUUUUUUAAAGAUCACUGAAAAGGUAAAGAAAAAAAGUUCAAUAAAAUAUGCAACUAAUAAACAAUAAUGCUCCUGUGGAUAUUUAACAUGUGUACAGUGCCUGUGUCUCCCUUACCUGGUUCUAUCUGCUCUGUCCAAACAGGCACCCGGUACAUUUUCCUACAGUAGCUGGUUCUUUUUUAAUAUACCGGAAUACAUAAGCAAAGCAUUAUUUAUCAGUGUAUGAACAACAGUAGAGUCACUCGAUUGUGAAAUUAUAUUUAGUCAAAUUACUGGGUGAUCUCUUUGAAAAUCAAUACAAAUCAAAACAUUUAUCUUUUCAUUUCGUAAUGUUUCAUGUACGAAAAAUGUAAAGAUGUAUUACAGGGCCAUAUCCACACUUUGAGGAAUUAUUUUGUUAAGGUUCCAACAGUUUUAUAUACAUCUGUGACAUUUAUUCUAACAAAAUAAUGUGCCCUUAAACUGUAUAUUAAGUUAAACGUACAAAUAUUAACUGUGCAGUAAGAUAUAUUAUGGAACUCAGAAUUUAACAAAUAAAGGAAGACACACCUAUUUCAAAUCUAUUUUCAUUCAAUUUCCUGUUCUUAAUAUUGCAUUAGAGAACAUGUUUAUGGUUUCCAGAGAAAAUGAUGUAGUAAAGACUUUUACACUGA